GGGGCUGAGGAGGGGAGGGGGGUUGUCCUACCACAGUGGGAAGCCUUCAGAAGUUCUCAAAGAUCUUCUUUGCGCUGACUAGUCCGUUGCUUCUCUGCUCCCAAAGACAUAGAAGAUGAGGAUGUGGGUCUUCUUCCUGGUUUGCCUAGCCGGGCACACCAUGGCGGCUCCUACUGAGGAGCAGCCAAUGGACGAGGAGCUGGUGGCGGUCGACGAGCAGCCAAUGGACGAGGAGCUGGUGGCGGUUGAGGAGCAGACGAUGGAUGAGGGGCUGGUGGCAGAUGAGGAACUGGUGGUGGAUGAGCCCGUGGUGGAAGAUUCAGUUGUUGAGGAGACCGAGGUGGGCUUCAACCCAGUGCAGGUAGAGAUUGGGGAGUUUGACGAGGCCAUCGAGUUGGAAGACGACGUUGCCGAGAACCCAUGCCUGCAGCACCAAUGCAAGAAGGGCAAAGUGUGUGAGGUGGACGAGAGCAACACCCCCAUGUGCGUGUGUCAGGACCCAUCCACCUGCACCGCCGCCGAGGGACAGUUUGAGCAUGUUUGCGGUACCGACAACAAGACCUACGACACUUCCUGCCACUUCUUCGCCGCCAAGUGCGCCUUGGAGGGAACCAAGAAGGGUCACAAGCUGCACCUGGACUACAUCGGACCCUGCAAAGAAAUCGAACCCUGCUUGGACAACGAGUUGAGCCAGUUCCCCCUGCGUAUGAGGGACUGGCUGAAGAACGUCCUGGUGACUCUGUACGAGCGCGACGAGGAUAACAACCUGCUGACUGAGAAGCAAAAGCUCAGGGUGAAAAAGAUCUACGAGAACGAAAAGAGGCUGAAGGCGGGAGAGCACACCCUGGACCUGCUGGCUCAUGACUUUGUGAAGAACUACAACAUGUACAUCUUCCCCGUGCACUGGCAGUUCAAGCAGCUGGACCAGCAUCCCGCCGACGGCUACCUGACGCACAGCGAACUGGCCCCUCUGCGUGCCCCCCUCAUUCCCAUGGAGCACUGCACCACCCGCUUCUUUGACGAAUGCGACGCCGACGGCGACAAGUACAUCGCCCUUGAGGAGUGGGCCGCCUGCUUCGGCAUCAAGGAGCAGGAUGUGGACAACGACCUCCUCAUCUAAGAUUCGCCCCCUCAAGCAGAGGCGCCACACGACAGCUCGCUUCUUUGGGGACGAGGUGCUGAUCGUUAAGUUUAAGUCAAAACAAAAUAUCACUUUUGGUGCUAAUUGCUCUUUUCAUUUUAAGAUUUAAGUAACAAACUUUUCUGCCUAUACCACUAAAUAAGCAAAAAUUCCAAAAGCGAAAUGUGCACAAACUAACAUCAAACUAAAGACUUCUGAUGUAAAUGUUUUUUUGUUUUUAUGAUAUUUAAAUUUAUGUUUAAGGACUUCCAUUGGGCAUCAAUUAGACUUAAGUGUAAAAGUCCAAAAAUAAAGUUUGGAAAUAAA